AUGUCUCGCUUUGUUGCGACCACCACGACCACGAGCGCUGCGACUCCUGCUUCUGCUCGUCUCGCCGAGAGUCGUCGUUUUUGUCGUCGCGGAGGAAGGAGUCGUGCGACGCUCACCACGUCGACGCCUUCUCUUUUGCCCCCGAAAACGACUUUUAACGACGACGCGAUUCUUCUGUGUCGUCGAUGCAAAGUGCGAAUUAAUGUUGUUCGCCGCCGCUCGGGCGAGGGUUUGGGUAGGAAAAGUUUUAACGCCACGAGCGCAUCAUCUCGUUCGCGGAAGAAUAAUGCGUCGUACGGCGGCGACAGCGGCGGCGACAGCGGCGCGUACUAUGAAAAGGAGAACGAUGGAGGAAGAGGUCGUCAGAAACAAAUGCAACAAGAUCGACUGGCCUAUACGAAGUCGAGAAACAGAGAAAAUACGUACGAUUUUGCGCCAACGAGAAGAGGAAAUAAUAAUAGUAAUAGUAGCGGGUGGUUUGAAGAGGACGAAUACGAGACGCAAGAACAGAGAAAAGGAGGAGGAAGAGGAGGAAGAGGAGGAGGAGGAGGACGGAAUAGUAAUAAUAAUAAUAAACAACCUCGUCUGUUUCCCCGAGAACUGGAUAAAUUCUUAGUCGCCGGCGCGUUUGUCGUCGGUAUCGGCGCCGGCGUCGUUUUCGACACCGCAGUGGACUUGGAACCGUCCAACGUCGCGUCCAGGGAGAUUUUAGAUCGACGAACGCCGUCGAGCGAAGUGUGCAUGGCGAACGGGGCUUCGGCGAUGGUGUUUGACCAGAGGGUGUUUUUGUCCUUGAAUCCUUUCAACGUGUACGUGGCGCAACCAGAGGUGAAACCGGGGUGUGUUUUAAGAAGAUCAAACUGGUCGGUGUUGGAGAGAGAGAAAGUAGUCACGCAAGAUCAAGAGAACGAUUGCAAGAGGAAUUUGAACACGUUCGCGUACGUCGGGGAUUUGAAAAAGUCGCCAGAGGUGUCGUGCGUGUAUCACUCUGAAGAGGCGGAGAAUCAGUUCAUGAAGGACCCGUCGAAAGCGGUGUUGGGCGACGGCGUGAGAGGGAGCGAGAAGGGCAAGAAUAUCGCCGGUGGCGGAGGAGGUAGUAAUAACAAAUCCUUUCGAUAG